CCGGAGGGGGCACCUGGGACCAACUUCCCGAAGCGGGGAGCCCGGCGGGGGGUGGGGGGAGCGAAGACCGGCGGCCUCAGCCCCUCCAAAGAACCAGGAGAUGACGGGGAAAACGGGGGAAGCGCUGAGCAAGCCCAAAUCCGAGACAGUGGCCAAGAGUGCCUCGGGGGGAGCCCCGGCCAGGUGCACAGGGUUUGGCAUCCAGGAGAUCCUGGGCUUGAACAAGGAGCCUCCCAGCUCGCACCCGCGCGCUGCCCUCGACGGCCUGGCCCCCGGGCACCUGCUGGCGGCGCGCUCGGUCCUCAGCCCUGCAGGAGUGGGCAGCAUGGGGCUCCUGGGCCCCGGGGGGCUCCCCGGCUUCUACGCGCAGCCCACCUUCCUGGAAGUGCUGUCCGACCCUCAGAGCGUCCACUUGCAGCCACUGGGCAGAGCAUCGGGGCCGCUGGACACCAGCCAGACGGCCAGCUCGGAUUCGGAAGAUGUCUCCUCCAGUGACCGGAAAAUGUCCAAAUCAGCUCUAAACCAGACCAAGAAACGGAAGAAGCGGCGGCACAGGACAAUCUUUACUUCCUACCAGCUGGAGGAGCUGGAGAAGGCAUUCAAUGAGGCCCACUACCCAGACGUCUAUGCCCGGGAGAUGCUGGCUAUGAAAACGGAGCUGCCGGAAGACAGGAUACAGGUCUGGUUUCAGAACCGCAGAGCCAAGUGGAGGAAGCGAGAGAAGUGCUGGGGCCGGAGCAGCGUCAUGGCCGAGUACGGGCUCUACGGGGCCAUGGUGCGGCACUCCAUCCCCCUGCCCGAGUCCAUCCUCAAGUCCGCCAAGGACGGCAUCAUGGACUCCUGUGCCCCGUGGCUACUGGUUCAAGAUGGCUUUCCCAGACGCUUUUCUAAACCCGAAUACCAACAAUUCUUUUUAGGAAUGCACAAAAAGUCGCUGGAGGCAGCAGCCGAGUCGGGGAGGAAGCCCGAGGUGGAGCGCCAGGCCCUGCCCAAGCUUGACAAGAUGGAGCAGGAGGAGCGGGGCCCCGACGCGCAGGCGGCCAUCUCCCAGGAGGAACUGAGGGAGAACAGCAUCGCGGCACUCCGAGCCAAAGCUCAGGAGCACAGCACCAAAGUGCUGGGGACUGUGGCAGGGCCGGACAGCCUGACCCGGAAUCCCGAGAAGCCAGAGGAGGCAGAGGCUAUGGACGAAGAUGGACCAGCUGAGCUGAGUCCACCACAGCUCGAGGACAUGGCUUAGGCCAGGGGCCCCUCAGACGCCAGAGCCCCAGGACUCUGCCCCUCCUGGGGAGGAAGGUUGUCUCUGAGGCCCAGCCAGGCCUGGCCUCGGCCAUCCUCCCUCUGCCCCCAGGCUCUCCGUGGCCCCCACUGGCUCCAUGCGCAGGUCAGUUCUGGCUGUGCUUUUGGACCAUGCUGAGACACCCUGGACCCGGUCUUCACUCGGCAGCGCCCUUCUCAUCCCGGCAUCCCUGCCUCAGAAGCCAUCUUGCUGCCCUAGCUGUCCCUGCGAGCCCCUGUCACUCAAUCCCUUGGCAACUCUCGCUGUCCGAGUCCUCCCCUUCCUCUGUGUUUGCUGGCUCUAAAGAGGCUUCCUUUCUAACUCUGAACACCCUGUGGAUUCUGCUCAGCCCAUGCCUGAGACUCAUUGUUGCAAACAUUACCUGCCACAGCCGUGACGUGGACUGAGGCCCUGGGUUCCAGCGCCAGGGUCCUGAGCCCCCAGGCUUCAGCAGUCUCCUGUGCCCACCUGUGGACUUUACGCCGGGCUUCUGCGGGCUGAAUACAUUGCUUUGCAGGCCCAUGUGCAACCUCUGCCUGCCUCACCGUUGGCAUGUAAAAUCUCAGCCGAGGCCCCUCGGCCACCUUCAGUCUCGUGCCCUGCCGUGGUCACCUUCAGGAGCCCUCCCUCUCCAUGGUUUCUCUGCCGCACAGGCGCCAACACCAGAUACAGCAUGUACAGUGCUCACAGUAGAUCCAAGGACCUGUGUCCAAGGAGGUUGAGCGGACCUCAGCCACGUGAUGGCUCACAGCACUGAUGGGAACCGAAGCCCCUGGGCCUGUGUUCUGACUCUCCCCAGAUGCUGCCUGUGUAACCUGACUUGCUGUGCAAGAUACCCUUCCCCUUGAGCUUUUUGUAAGUGCGCAUGUGCCCUGCUUGGAGAAACCUAGUGCAGCUAGGAGGCCACAGACCUGGUCUCAACUUAACUCGGACCAGCUGGAGUAGGCUGGGCCGUGAAUACCCAUCAAGGAUGGGUCAUAAGGAGGGUAUGGGAAGGAAAGCCAGGCAGGAGGCCAGUAUUAAACCCAGACCAACUGCAGGCACUCAUACCUUCAUCCGGGUGUAUGCUGGGGAGUCCAGAAUGUCUGCUGGAGUAGGACAGGCCCAGGAGCCAUCCUGGAAUGAGGCACUGGGCCCUUCUGUCUGGCUAGGGGAGGUUUGGUCAAUCCCGAGGGCCCAUCUGCAGCUGCCCUUCCACCCUGGCCUUUAUUUACCUUUUGCAUUAGUAACGAAAUCACAGCUUCAGGGAGCCCACUGAGCUCACAUUCCCAGGCCAAGCACAAGGCCUGCUUCCUCUUUUUUUUUUUUUUUUUUUGUCUUUUUUCUUUUUAUCGGUACCGGGGAUCGAACUCACGACUGCCUGCUUGCAAGGCAGGUGCUUAUGCCGCUGAGCUAAAUCCCCAGCCUGCUUCCUCUUGACAUUUCCUUCUAGCAGUCCACCCACUGCCCGAGGGAAAGGCAUAAUUCUGUAUCAAAAGUUGAUUUCUUCAUUGCAUUCACAGAACCCUGCCCUCCCCAGUUCUUGUCUUUGUCUUCUGUUGGUUUGGAAUGUUAGACUGUAGCCCUGGUGUGUAAAUAAUGUACAUAGAGUGAGGAGAAACUUGACAUCGAGGUGUUUGAAAUAUGGAACUGUAAGAACUUCUAGGCAUUCUAAACCUGUGCUUUCUGUGCCAUUUUCUGUAAAGAUACGAGUAAGAAUAAACUUGAAGUAAAAACAGGGA